AUGUCAGAACCCGAAGCUGCCGUUGCGCAGCAGACGACGGAGCUUCCUCUGCGAAGCCAGCCCAACGACUCGACCUUUGACAUCGUCGCCACAUACAGAGACCUCCUCGCCUCCGACCCCGACCUCACCAAGCCCGUCGCCGCCAUCGAAUCCCUCAUCGCCCUCCUCAACACCGUCCCCUCCACCACCGUCUACGAAACCCUCGACACGGUCAAAUCCCACUCGGACCUCCUCAAGGCCUCGGUCGACAACCCGCUGCCCCUGCAGGCCGGCACCGACCUCUUCCUCCAGUACCUCGUCGCGUCGCUCAAGCAGCAGGACGGCAGCUUCGACGCCGUGCGGCAGCACCUGCUGCGCAAUGGGCGCCUGUUUGCGAGUAGGGCCAUCGCAGCCAGGAACGGCAUUGCGGAAGCCGGGUGGCGCUUCGUCCGCGAGGGCAAAUGCGUGCUCACCCACGGCGCCUCCCGCUCCGUCACGGGCCUGCUGGAGCGCGCGGCCAAGAACGGCGAGGGCAAGUUCCGGGUUGUCUACGUGAGGGACGAGGUGCGCGCCGAGGAGAGCGAUCGCGUCGUCAAGGAGCUGCGCAGCAAGGGCAUCCCCGUCGCGGAGAUUCCAGAGGCCGCGGUGGCGCAUGUCAUGGGCUUGCUGCGGCAGGUUCACAUGGUGUUUACGGGUGCCGAGGCCGUGACGCAGAACGGAGGCAUCAUUUCGCGCAUCGGCACGUAUCAGAUUGCCAAGCUGGCGGCGCAGGCCAAGAUUCCCUUUUACGUGGCGGCCGAGACGCACAAGUUUGUGCGCAAGUUUCCGCUGGACCAGAGGGACAUCGGCUACAAGCAGGAGGUGCUGGAUUUCUCGUCUACGGGGCCGAGCAAGCAGCCCAAGGAUGCUGUCGACUAUACGCCGCCCGAGCUGAUAUCAAACUUGGUGACGGAAAACGGCGUUCAUCUGCCCGGAUACGUGUUUGAGCAGCUCCUCGAUAUAUACGGUAGCUUGAACGGCUGA